AUGGACGGCGGCGUUCCUACGGACCCGACCCCUUACAACGACUACUACGAUGACGACCUGACUCCGCUCGGGCUUCCCGUUACACUGAACGAUUUGCUGGAUGAGCUGUCGCCCCCGCCCUCUGCACAUUCGAAGCCGCCCUCUAGCAAGAAUGACGAACACUACUCAUCGCUGCGUCAUUACGUCGAGGGCCUGAGCUCGGAGGAGGUGGAUGAAACUAUAAAUGAUGUCCUGAAAAACUUAAGUUUGCGCGCGGGCACCUCGCCGUUGCCUCCACCGGGGAACCUAGUUGGCCCUUUGCAGGAUGACGCCACCCCUACGUUAGAUUUCAGCAAUUCCGACUGGACAUCUCAGACCGGCCGUUUCAGUUUCGGCGAGAACCAUACCGCCCUUCGCCAUCCCACGUUCAAUCCGCUGGAGCAGGCGUAUGACAGCCGCGAUACUUUCGAGUCGCUGUCGACUCACUGGACGUCGUACUACGAUGAUGCGAACCGUUCAGAGUGCGACUUUUCGUCGGGGAACGCUGCAUAUGCGGCUACUGAAGUGGGAAUCAGUGAUAUGGCGCCCCCUGGCCUAUCUGCCAGCAGCUCGACGCUGUACUCCUGGCCGGACGCGCGCAGCAACAGCUGCAAGGCACUUACCGAGUCCCUCCGUAAUAUACAGUUCCAGGUAGCGAAGGUGGAGCAGGCUCUCACGUGUGCGAUGAACGAGACAUCCCCUGCGGCAUCGAGACAACCCCCUCCACCCGCCAAGCCACCCAUGUUUUAUAAGCGAGCGAACGAUGAAAACUCAAUGAUUUCAACUCAAAAUGCGGCCCUGAUGAUGGGAGUGAAGCUGAACGCUCCCAACGAGUUCUGGAGGACGUCGAUUUGUAAAUACUGGCAACGUGGGGUUUGCGAGAACACGAACUGCAACUUUGCGCACGGCAAGAAGGAACUGAAGGCAACUAUUGGCGUCUGGAAGACGACUCCCUGCCAUCACUGGAAGAAUGGGACUUGCCGCGUAGGCAGGUUCUGUCGGCACGCGCACGGUGAGGCAGAGCUCCAGCCGAUGAACAUGCCGGUACACCUGUUGAGGAACAGGGUUAUGAACGCGCUGAGGGCAAGUGACCGCUUCCAGCGGAAAAGGAACCCCACCACAAACUAG